AUGUACGAUGGGGAUGAUGAACGAACGGAUGGAACACAAUGUGAAGGAGUUUCAUGCCCGAAUGGCCCGGAUUCGGAAAAAUAUACUCAAUUGUCGUAUAAACCAAGCGCAGCACCGGAGUUAAUCCUAAAGUUGUUCAAGAUGCAGGACAUACCAAAAUACGUUGGGACUUCGCACCAUCAGGAGCACAUCACAACUUAUACAACAGUUGUGAAAAGAAACGAUUUGGCUCAACAUGAGAUCGAAUCGGUUCUGCUGAAAAAUCAGAAAGGUUCAAGUCAGAAGGCGGAUAUAUUCAGAAUCGCACAAGGUGAGUCUGAAUUGCUACGGGAAUUCGUGAUCAGAUUCCAGAAAGAGAGGAUGUUGCUACCAGUUGUACCAGACAAAUGGGCAGAAGAGGCGUUCACAAAGGGUUUGAAUCUGAGGAGCUCCAAUGCCUCCCGAAAGUUGAAGGAAAACAUACUCGAAUUCCAAAUGACCAUAUGGGCAGAUGUUCAUAACCGCUAUGAGUCAAAAAUAAGGAUAGAACAUAAUCAGCUCGGGUUCCCGACAUCAACCAAGGGGCGGGACCGAGACAAGAACCGGGAUAAGUUCAAAGGUGAUUUCGAUGCAGACCGACGAUCUUCUAAAGGCCGCUUCUUUCCAUACGAGAGAACCGAAGGACGCGGCAUCAAAGGCUUUUGGUCCUCAGAUGGGUUCGUUCCUGAUAGAAGAACUGACCGUGGCUCGAAUAACAUUGGUAUCGGCGAUGAGGAAUAUCAAACAAGAUUCCAGAAGCCAAUCAGACCCUAUCCUAGCCAGAGGGAUCCUAACUUAUGGUGUGAAUAUCAUGGGAUUCACCGCCACAUAACUAGGGACUAUCGGCAUCUUCGCGAGCAGGUGGCGACGUCGUUGAAAAAUGGCCAUCUCAGGGAAUUCUUGAGAAACCGAGCCAAGAACAAUUAUGGCCGCACCCGGGACAACGCAGAACCCUCGAAGAUUUUCAGAGGGAAUGAAAUCAAUGGUGUAACCUUCUCGGCAGCUAAGAAGAUAAAGGUAUCGGUGAUCCACAGCAAGAGACUCCGAGAAGUCACCGAAGAUGACUUCACCUUCAGGGAGGAAGACACCGAUGGACUUCUUCUGCCGCAUAACGACGCCCUGGUAAUCUCUCUUAAUGUCCUAGAUUUCAAGAUUAAGCGUGUUUUGGUUGACCCAAGAAGUUCAGCCAACAUCAUUCAAUGGAGAAUGUUGGAACAAGCAAAAUUAACUGGAAGUAUCAUUCUGGCAACAAAGCUCCUCAUCGGGUUCAACUUGGCAAGUGUGACAACCCAACAAGAGACCAUGCUGCCCACGAACGCCGAAGAGAUAACAAAUACCACCUUAUUUAAAGAGGUGGACGACGGCAUGGGCUACAACAUAAUAAUCGGAAGGCCAUGA